AGAGAGAGAGAGAGAGAGAGAGAGAGAGUCGCUGCAGUCACGCUCAUUUCUCCGGAGCUCAGGCUGAGGAUGCUGCCGUCUCUCCAUGAGGAUGGUGAAGCGCGCAGAGGCAGACGGAGGCGAGCGCAUCGGGCCGCCUGAAAACACCCACAUCUCCCCUGCUAUCCUAUACCGUCACUUUUCUAAACUUACAAGAACUAUGAAUAGGAGUCGAUGCUGAAUAAUCCGCGCGGACUUGUUCUGUAUGCCGCCGCCUUUCUUCUCCUCGUCAGCUGCAUCAGCUGUUGCUUUGGGAAAAGUCGAGGCGACUCCCACUCUAAGGGCAUCGGAUACGGGCAUCACUCCACGAUGCGUCCUCUGUCUCCCUGACUCCUCCUAACAGCCUGCCUCAUUAAUAUUUGAUCAGCACCUGGUACCAGUAGCAGCUCACCUCUUCUGAUGGAGCAAUCUCUACAAGCACAGCCUGGAUCUAAGGCGUCAGAAAGUCCAGCAGAAGAAAUCACCAACCUCACGGAUGAAGAGCUCCUCCAAUGGAGCAAAGAGGAGCUGGUGCAGCGACUCCGAAGGUCUGAAGCCCAUAAAAUUAGCGUCAUCCUGGAUCACAGUAAUCUGAUUCGUGAGGUGAACCGCAGCCUCCAGCUGCAUCUGAACGAGAUCCGGGGGCUGAAGGAGGUAAACCAGAAGCUGCAGGAUGACAAUCGGGAACUGCGAGACCUGUGCUGUUUCCUGGACGAUGACCGGCAGAAGGGCAAGCGAGUGUCGCGCGAGUGGCAGCGUCUGGGCCGCUUCAGUGCCAGCGUCAUGCGUAAGGAUGUGGCGCUGUACCUUCAGAAGCUGACAGAACUAGAGCACAAGCAGGAGGAGGUCAUUCGGGAGAACCUGGAGCUGAGGGAACUUUGUCUGCUGAUAGACGAAGACAAAGGUGGCAGCGGAGGGGAAGGAGUCCAAGGUGGGGCGGGGUCCACUGGAUGUCGCAAUUCCAUUGACAGCCAGAGUGGGCUCCUGGUACCUGGCUUGCUGCGGGACGUUGGGGAUGGAAGCAGCACUUCUAGCGCAGGAAGUGCCGACAGCUCCGAACAUCCACACCAUAAGCAGCCACAGCCACCGUCUAGCGGAGGAACUGGGAAUAAAAGCCCGGAUCUCCAGAAGUCUCGCCUUGGGAAGAGAGGGGAAGGAGAUCGCGGGGAGAUCUCCAGCCCUGACCCUCCUGUCCGACACAGAAGCACCAGCCUGGAGUAUCCCUUCAUUCUGCCCCAGCCCUGCCGACCUCGCUGUGGCUCCAUAUCUGUGCCUGACCAUCGGCUGAUUAGAGGGCUAAGUCCAGAAAAGUACGGUCGAUCUCUGGGCCACCGGAGUCCGGAGACUCAUCCGAAGCACCAUCUGGCUCCAGGGCAGCCCAUGAGUCCCGAGCUCUACAUUCAGAGGCACAGGGGAAGCUUAGGAGGUGGGCCUGGGAGUCCAGAGUCUAGACAUAUGCUGCUAGGAACGUCAGAGUUCCUCCAUGACAAAAGCAAGCUGGGAGGAAGUAGUCCAGAGAUGCUGAGGCACCAGUACAGCAUGAGCCCUGAGCAUGGGAAGUUCGGCAGCCCUGGUAGAGAGACGUCACCACGUAGACUGGCAGGAGACGAGCUGUCGCCACAUCAUCGGAGCCUUUACAAUGGUGUGAAUGCUUUGAUAUCAGCAGGAUGUUGCAGCAACAACUGCAGGAACGUGAAGCUCUGGGACAGAAGAAAGAAAAUAAUACAGGGUUGGAACAAAACAGAGUUUUGAUGGCUCCUCUUGACCACACCCUUGCUUGGAGGUUUGGGGAGACGCAGGGGCCCCUGGAGCCCCACUCCAACCAGGCAGAUAUUCCAUCCCUUCACCUUGUGUGCGAUGGGCCGAGCAGUCUGGCCCCAUUUCAGUUGUCAUAGCUGCAGUUCGCUUUGUGGACCCUCUGGUGCAAUCAUUUCAAAGGGGACUAGAGAGAGACGCAGGAUGUUCUGGUGAAAGAAGACGCUCACACAAACCACAGAAACAGACACACCCACACACAGCUAUGAGAAUCGAAAUGUCUCCUGUGGUUUACAGAUGUUUAACAGCACUGCAUUUGGGUAAUCAAACACUCUCUCUAUAUCGGUGUCUCUCUGUAUCAUUCUGAGUAGCAAUAGGACACAUGAAACAUGAUGCUGUGGCUUUUCUGAAGGUGCUUCCCUGUCCUUGAUAUUUAUUUAUGCAGUUUCUUUUCAGCCAAAGCUAUUUGAAAUAACUUUAAUGUUCAUUUUUCAUCCAGACAUCUAUGAAGGAGUAUCAGUGUCAUGUUUUCUAGGUUUUCCAUAUCUUGUUUUUUUUUUUUACAUGACUGACACCAGUGCAAGGUGUUUGUGUAUGGUUUAUGGUCAUCAACGAAAGCAGAAUGGACUCUGUAUAUGUUGUCAGUGACUGAAUAACCUGAUCAGUGUUUUGCACUGAUUCUGUGUGUGUGUGUAUGCGUGUUUAUUGGCUUUAUUAUUCCUUCCCUAAAAGCUCCUGUAUAUAAGCUAAUGAGGUCUUUCUUUAUGUUGUUUUAUAUACAGACGUACAGCAUAGUAUAGUAAAUUAAUGGAUUAGUUUUAUAUGCAUAUAAUGACUAUUAUUUUUGACUCACAGUUAUUAUUAUAACAAUAAUAAUAUGAAUAUAUCUAUGUGCAAAAUAUUAAAGGAUUUUCAUUAUG